AUGUCCACACCCGACACCACUACCACCAGCAACAACCCUUACACCCACACCCGUGCUCUCCUUUCCUACCUCUUUUCGACCUAUUCGACCUCCCCCUCCAAUUCGAACAAGCAUGGCCUGGCGUCAAGCUCAAGUCCGCCCUCGAGCUCGACGUCGUCGUCCGCGCCGGCGUUCCUCUCCUUGACGAGCUCGUCGACGCAGCAGCUCGAAUUGUCGGUCCGACGCUUGGCCUUGGCCCAGAGUCGAGCUCAUUCCCAAGUCAAUAGUGCCAGCUCCAACUCCAACAGUGGGACCAGCAACGCCAGUGCCUCGGAGGAGGACGAUGACGACGCCGUCGACGACGAUGACUCCCAGCGCGAAUCGCAAGAUGACGAGCCAAGUACGAACGAGGCCGCCGUCCCUUCCGCUGCCGCCGCGGUUACGGACGAUGGGAAUACAACUCCGAGUGGUCGCAAUGAGAUUGACCCGAUCGAAGAACAAGAAAAGUGAGCUGCUUCGAGCCUAUCGCGACCGGGAAGUGGGAUCUGACGUCGUGUCUUUUGAUGCUUCAUCAGCCGAGUUAGGAGCGUCAUUCGUCUGCUGGGCAACGACUCGAUAGACGAAGAUGACAAGCCCGAAGAAAUCAAGCGCUUGCUCUUAUCGUCACUCGUGGCUCCGAACGACUCCGUAAGCCCAUCAUUCAUCUUCCUGAAAAUUCUGGCUCCGCUGACCCUUGCGCACUCGAUGAACCCCCACUUGCUGAGCAGGCGCUUCCGAAUCUGGAUCCGAUCAUUCUCUCGCUUUUACACCGCUACCGCGAGGACUUGCAUCCGUCGGGCAAUCCGUUACCGCCUCUACCGAACCACGGCUCGACGACCCCCUCUUCACGUCCCAGUGUUUCUCGCUCGUCGUCCUUUCGGCGAAACCUACCGAGCGGUCAAUUGGGGGUCGCGAGCUCACGCGGUCCUUCGAACCCCACUGCGGCUUCGAUCGCGCUGUCAUCGAGUGUUAGCUCGACAUCAUCCCGAAGCGCUCCUACAAGUCCUUUCCAGACGGCAAGCCCCAGCUUGGGCAGCUCGGCCCGUCACACGCCUUCGCAUUCGCCAUGGUCCUCGCCCCGUCCGAUGGCCCUGUCACUCGCGAUGAGCGCCAACGCUCCCGAAUUCAAGUUCUCCGCCGGUGCGACCGAGUUCAGGCCCGGUGGAGCGACAAGUUCGUUCAGUCUUCCCGGUGCUUCGUCACCUCUCAUCCCUGGUACGCCCGAUCGUGCUCAACUGGCGCAGGCGAACUGGGCCCUGGCCAACUCGCCCCUAGGAACGCCCAAGCUUGGGACUGCGCCUCCGAGCAACGGCGAAGGAUCGAACGUGUCGUCACCGAGUUAUUUCCCUCGAAAUCUACCCCUACAGACAUUGCAUUCGAAACUGGCCAAACCUGUUCGACUACCCUGGCAGCAAGAUGACGACGAUGACGAGAAUCCAGAAGAACCGAAGAAUUACGAUGACCCUCCUGGCGGUCCGGGGCAGCCCUAUAACCCCGGUCCUGGUGGACCAAGCGGGUAUGCUGGUGGGCCAAUGUGGGAUCGACAGGUCAUGGGCGAAGGUCAGCGACGUUUCGUCAGUGGACCUCCAACGUUCGUACCUCGCGGUCAAUCACCGGCCUGGGACCCGCAGCAUCAAGGACGACCCGCACAGGGCGGAUGGGACUUUAUCGACGGCGAGGGCUUUGCCGAUCCUUCGACUCCGACUCUCGAAGAUGGAUCGGGCAUGUUGUUACCCGACAUGAUGAGCCCAGGUGACGCGUCUUCGAUCGAAUUCGCCAAUUCGCUCGUCGGCGCGUCAGGGUUAGGAGCUAUGGGCGCCUACAGUAUGACCCCUUUCGAUCACCUGUACUCCAUCUUUGCGAGCUCGAACAUCUCGCCUGAACUGGUCGAGGAUGUUUUGGUACAGACGGGGUACGACGUCGAUCAAGCGAUUGAGUACCUGAUCGAGAACCCGCAGUUGAUGAAUGGCUCCGGAGGAGAGGGAAGUGGGUUCGGGCUGCUGCCCGGCGUCGAAGUCGCGCCGAUGAACGAGGUCAGGACGACGGUCGCUGCGAGUGGUUCGAGACCCGUCAUCAUGUCGCGCGAUUCGUACGACGCUUACCUAGGUGGUCGGGGCGGAGCUUUCGGAGGUCCUCAGCAACAGAGAUGGCCUGGGCAACACGGAGGUAUGCGAGGCCCCGACCCGUCGCUGCAGGAUAGUGGGAGGGGUGUAGGCGGCAGGGUCUGUCGAUACUACCUCGCUGGCAAUUGCUUGCGGAGCGAUUGCAAAUUUUCGCAUGAUGUGGGCAAGGCGGUUUGCAAGUAAGUUUUAGUGCUGCAUGGUCUUUUGGUGACGAGCUAUUCCUGAUCGGGCGGAUCUUCCGUACACAGAUUCUGGCUGCGGGGCCAUUGCCUUAAGGGUGACGGACGCUGCGACUUUUUGCAUUCGAUUCCUCCGGUAAGUUGGACUGCGCAAUGGCUUGGCUCUGUACCACAAGCUCAUCGAUAUGGACUGUCACUCUAGAUUAUGCGAGCCGACUUUGAAGCUCGAGCUCGACGAAGAGACCAAGGCGGGUAUGACGAGGCCGAACACAUGGCACGGGACGACGGACCCGACGUCGACUUCCCCACCCUCGGCGAGAUGCAAAAGAAUCGACGUGGGAUGCCUGGGAUCAUCGGCGGUCGAGCAACGGUCGUACUCGACCCGGCUAGGACUCGUUUCAGCGGUGCGGUCAAAAUGGGGCCCAAAUACUUGCCCUCGGCGAUGGGGCAACCAGCUCGCCCACCCGGUCCGCCGACGAUGGCGGGCGGUAUACACCCGCGCGACAGUCUACCUCGCCCGAGGCCGUCGGCACGCAUCCCCCUGCGACCCCCCGCUCUCUUACCGACUUUGCCAACAGGACCUGCACUUGCGGCUUUGUACUUGCGCUACAGGUCCUCGUUCCUCGAACUCGGUGCCAAGCGCAACAAGUGCUUGGCACGGGCUUCAGAGUGCUUCAAGAAGGGCGAUGGCGCCGGCGCGCGCAAGUUCAGUCGAGAAGCGCAGGAUUGGGGCCGACAAGUCUCGAUCGAAGGUAGGGAUGCAGCUGCUCGCAUCUUGGCCGAGCGUAAGAGGCUGUUGAAAGAGGCGAUAUUGGAAGGUGGGACGCGUGGAUCGACGGAAGACGUUGCGGAUCGUCGCGUGCGCGGUCGAGAGAUGGGCGGAACGAUUUGCCUCGGCGUCGUGGCGCAAAUGUCCGUACCUCGGCACAACUCGGGUGGGGACAUUCAUGAUCUUCGGUCCGAGGAACGAACGGAGGUCGCGCUCGAUCUGCAUGGCUUGCACACCGACGAGGCCAUUUCUUUCUUGGGCGAUUCGUUGAUGGCUCUCGAACGGGAGAGGUUCCAAGGUAUCGCGUUCUACGUCAUUGGACAAGCGAGGCAUUCGGGCAAGAACGCAGGCGACGCGAGGGAAGCGGCGGGGAGGUUGAGGUUGGAACAGGCUUGCUGCGAAUUCUUGAGUGACCAGGGUUGGGCAUGGCAAAUGUUUAGUGGGGUGUUGGCCGUUGAUGCGUUGCGGUGA